UCAAGAUUCGGACGAGAAUUCCGGAGCUGAAAGUAUUAGUUCCAAAUAUUAUAACCAUUUCCCCUCAGGACGAUUAUUGCACAGCGAAAUGUUUGUAAACAAGACCGGCGUGCACCUGCCGUCACCCGAGCUACUGCACACGGGGCACUGUCGGCUGCGGCUCACCCCCGACUACCUGCAGACGGCCGUGGACGCUUUCGCCAUCAUACUCGAGGGCAGCCUGGCGGACGUGCGAGCCUUGCCCAGCGACUAUGUGCUGCGAUCUGCACGCACAAUUUCCAUCAUGAAACUACCUCAGGAGAAGUUAAGUGCCAUGUGGGACGUCGUGUUGAAUGGACGGAAGCCUGGCGAGAUCGCAUACAAGACUUUAGAGAUUUAUAGACCUCUAUUCAAGUAUCUCAGUGGGCAGCAAAUGGCGCAGCUAAAUUUGAGUGUUCCCAGGAUUGUUAACUAUAUAGGCACGCAUCCUGAACUUACCAGGCAUCAGGUGGGCGUCGUGGCAAGUAAAUAUAUAAAAAUUAACCGGAACUGGCGUAAAAUAGCAUCUUUAAAUAACAUGAAUAACCUACUAUGUGGAGUGCCGAUGACUUUUAUGAGGAAGUUAGACGGCGCCGAGUACCUUAAGUUGGAUCACCAGGUGUUUUAUCACAUACGAGCUUGUGACCCCCUCCAAAAGCGAUUCUACUUGAACAUGAUGACUAGAACUCAGGCGCUGGGGAAAUCGUAUAGCUGGAGCGCCAGAGACGUGUCGCGCCUGGGACUGUUGCUGGCCGAGGUGGAGGGCUCGGCCCUAGCGAACAUCGACCCUAAGGCGAUGGCCGGGGUCUCUGCCCACGUAAUGGCAGAGAUGAGGCCGGAAAAUAUAAAACACCUUAGAGAUUUGCAGAUCAAGUAUUUGAAACGGAAGGUAAGGAACAUUAUGUCUCGAAAACUUAAGGAGUACGACGCUCUGAUGGCAGACACGGCUUGUAGAGUCAAGACAAAUAUAUUUCUUAGAUUAUUAUUUGUUUUGUACAGUAAAGUUGUGCUAAUAAAUUAAUAAUAUAAAUUUAUCACAGCGGU